AUGGCCGAAGAGGUUCAUAAUCCAACCGUUAAUCUACCUCGAGCCAUUGUCUGGCAAGUUCCCAUCGGAAUGGUGACUGGAGUAGUGUUCAUGCUGCCCAUCGUUUUCACGCUACCUGAUAUUCCAACUCUUAUUGCGGUACCUGGAGGUCAACCUACUGGAGUCAUGUUCACGAUGAUAAUGGGAUCGCGAGGAGGUGGAUUUGGAAUGUGGUUUAUAGUCUUCGUCAUCGGAAUCUUCUGUGGAAUAUCCAUCUGCUGCGCCGCCUCCCGUGCAACGUGGGCAUUCGCCCGCGACAAAGCACUCCCCUUCCACGAAUUCUUCGCCGGCGUUUCACCGAAAAAUGGUGUCCCUCUCAACGCUUACUUGCUUUCUAUCCUAAUUCAGCUCCUUCUGGGCCUAAUAUAUCUCGGUUCUCCAACAGCUUUCAACGCCUUCGUGGGUGUCGCGGUUAUGUGUUUAGGAGCGAGUAAUGCUAUGCCAAUUGUGAUAUCAUUGGGGAAUAGGAGGAAGAAUGUGAGGGAUAGCAGCUUUGCUUUGGGGAAACUGGGUCUCCCGGUCAAUCUUAUUGCGGUGGUGUGGAUUGUAUUUGAGAUUGUGUUGUUUUCGAUGCCUGCGGUUGUUCCGGUCACACCUGCUACGAUGAAUUAUGCAUCGGUAGUGUUUGUCGGAUUCGGUGUUUUCAGUGGGGUGUGGUACAUGAUCAGUGGAAAACAUCAUUAUUCUGGCCCACCGGAGCCACGAGAUCUGGUGUUGGGUAAAGAUCGGUCUGAUAUGAGCUCUCAAAACCAGGAUGCUACUGAUUAUGACGAAGAAGCAGUGGUAGAAAAAUAG